ACCAGCAGUCUUUUGUUAGGAAACCCAUGUGUUUGAGAGGCGUUGAAAGGUUAGAAAUGGCGAAUGAAAAUUGAAACACAAUAGUUAAAUUUUAGAGAAAUGUAACGAGAAAGAGCAAAGGACAUGCAAGCAGGUGAUUGGUAUAACGGAGUACAGACAAUGACUAAUCCUGCGAAUAAUGCGACGCCGUUGAGGGUGUUGUGCAUUCAUGGUUAUCGCCAGAAUGGUGAAAUCUUCAGACAAAAAACUGGUUCUUUGAGAAAACUGUUAAAGCUUCAUGUGGAUUUUGUUUAUGUGACAGCUCCCAAUGAAAUAAGUAGUGAUGAUGAGGCUUGUGAACCAAAAGAGGCUGGUGAACAAGGUUCUUUUGGCCAGAGAGGGUGGUGGUUUACCAAUGAAAAUAAUACAUUUGAGUCCAAAAAACUAACAGAUAUGUGUGUUGGUUUAGAAAAAAGUGUUGCUGUUAUUGACACUGCCUUUAAAGAACAAGGCCCCUUUGAUGGAAUUUUGGGGUUCAGUCAGGGAGCUUCAUUUGUGAGUCUACUGUGUGGGAUGUACAAGAAAGAAAUUUUUCAGCAUAAAAUAAAAUUUGCCAUUAUGAUCGCUGGAUUCAAGUCGAGAUGCAGUCUGCAUGAUAUGUACUAUGAUUCAAUUAUAAAUAUUCCUACUCUUCACAUUUUUGGUGAAACAGAUCAAGUUAUUCCUCAAGAAAUGAGUCAAGAUUUACUACAGUAUUUUGAAGAUCCUGUGAUUAUUACGCAUCCUGGAGGACACUAUGUUCCAGCCACCAAAAGUCAGAAACAAUCAUUUUUGGACUUCAUUAAUUCUGUUCGUAGUUAACAUUAUGUUAACACAGUUAACAUAACUAUAAAAUGGUAAUUCUUCCAUUUAAGAGAUUGUUUUAUUUGAAAAGGAACUUAAUGGAUUUAAAUUAUAGCUCAAUAAUUUGUUUCCCUGAAAAGUCAAAUCUUACUCAUUGGAGAGGGAAUAUUUUUAUUUACUGUUGACUUAUGUCUGUCAAACAUUUCCUUCAAAUACUGGAGAAAGUUAGUUGCAGUCAUUGUAAAAAUCAAGGUAUAUUGUAAGGCAUUCCACUAUUGAAAGUAACUGGAUGAAAAUCAUAUUGCAGCAAUUUAAGUGGUAAUUUUUGUUGUAUGUCAAGUGUUCACUUUGUUGAACCUUGGUGACUAACUAUCUUUUAAUCUAAUGUUGAUUUCACAUAAUAUUUUAUGAUUAUGAAUUUGCACUUUUGUUUUUUAGCAUUACUUAAUGUUGUGUUAUUUUCAUGUUUGAAUUUAAAAAUAUCAAACUAGUUUUUUUUUAUGAAUAGUAAUUUUUCAAAACCUUAAUGAAGCUGCAAAUCCAGUGAUACUUAUUAACUGAACAUUAGUUAUAAACAUUUGUACUUCAAAGGAUUGCAGGUGAGUGGGCUUGUGGUAUAAUACCUUCCGUUGUCAAAAAUUCCUAUAAUAAUUAAAAUGAUUCAUGUUUUUAUUCCAACUUUAAAAUUUACUUUAGCAGUUAGAUCUAAAGAAACAAUGUUUUCUUUGUAAUCUUGAUUCCACAUGGCCACCUGUUAUGAUGACUCAGAAUUUGUUUUACUAGUGAUGCUCUCUCAUUGAAAUGCUUUUCUGAAAUCCCAUUUGAAUCUUGAAAUGGCAUGUAAAAAUGUAUUUUAAUUUUUUGUUCUUCAUGCUUGAAUAAUUGCCAGUUCUGAGUAGGGUAUAUCAAAUUCAGAGUUCUGUCCCCAAAAGGACAGUCACAAUCAGACGCCACAGUCAAAAGUGGGAUGGGAUUGCUUGUGAACAAACAAAGCUUGUUGACAUCAAUGAAAAAAAAUAAAAAAAUCUUCUCUGGUAUCAUCUUUCUUUUUCAUAUAGAUUUUUGACCCUACCUGACCCUGGAGCCUAUUCUACAGAAAGAAAAAUAGUGGUACCUCGUGGCACAGAGCGAAGGCGCUUGCCUUUCACCAAGAAGAUCCGGGUUAAAUUCCUGCUGAUUCCCAGACAAUUUCAUGUAAAAUUUGUUCCAACAAAACGAGUUUGCCUGUUUUACAGGGGUUAGUCCAACCUCUGUGAAGCAUUCUAAAUGCUAUCCUAUCCUAAGUCCUUCCCAAUUCUGGUCUCUGCGUAGUGAUACAGGAGUGCGUGGAAAGUGGCACGUACUUGUAGAUGCUAUUUGGCAGUCCUCUUGACGUCUGUGACGAGACUGGGCACUUGACAAAUAUAAUAAAUGUUAACGGAGGAUUUGUUCAUAGCUUGUUCAUGCUCAGUGCUUGUUGUGGGCUUGAAGAUGUGUUGCAUAAAUGUAGAUGCCACAACUUAAAUAAUAAAAAAUAAUAGUGAUAAUAAUAAUAAAAAAGACUAAAGAUCUAACGCCAGGAGAAAAGUAAAAUAAUGACAAAAAAAGGCAUAAUGAAAAAAUGAAUACUAAAGCAAUGUCUAAAGAACUAUUUAAAUGUUAACUAUUGUAAAAAAUCAUAAAAUUGUAACAAUAAUAAAAGCCAGUUUGCCAAACUUCCUGGCUCAAGUUACAUCCUUUGUUUCGGUUAGAGUAGAAAUGCGGCCAGCAGUUAUAUAGUGUUUUAAUCAAUCACAAAACAUGUAUUGAGUAACAUAAAGCAGUUGCUGAGAGAGC